AUGAGGAAGAUAACAACAGACAGGAGAAGAGGGAUACGAUGGAAUUUAGCAACAAUGUUGGAGCAUCUUGAUUUUGCGGACGACAUCGUACUACUUUCAUCCAACUUUAAUAACUUGUGUGAGAAGCCUGGGAGAUUGACGGAGGAAGCAGCCAAAGUAGGCCUUGGACUUAAUGCGAGAAAGUUCAAGACACUGAGGACUGAUUUUUCUGGGAAAAGGGAGAAAUUUGUGGUGAAUUGUGAAGAGGUGGAAGAUGAAGAGGCGCUAUGCGUAUCUUGGAGCUACUGUAGACAAGGAAGGUUGAGGCAGUAA